CGCGCGUGAGGUAAAAUGUUCAACAAGUUACGUAGGUGGAGGAGAACCUUCGUAAUACUUUUUCAUUAGUCUUUUCUUCAUUUGAUUUUGCGAAAUUUCUAAAUAAUUGCGAGCUGCAUAAUCCCUCCGACUAUUAACUUACAAAGUACCCUUUUAGCCAGGCUUUUUCUGUCUUAUUUUUUUGUCAUUAAACUAUAUAACCAAACACAAACAUCAUCUUUCUCCUUCAUUUCACAAACUUAAAAUUCUCUGUUUUUGUUUCUUCUUCUUUCAAAAUCUCAAGCAAAAGAAAAAAUGGAGCUAUUCACAAAAGGUAACAACGUUAAGUUACGUAGCCACCUAGAUAAGUUUUUAGUCGCCGACGAUGACCAAGAAACCAUCCGUCAAAGCCGUAAAGGAGAUGCACGGCGUGCCGUUUGGACGGUGGAGCCCGUCGUCGAUAAACCUAAUCUGAUAAGGUUAAAGAGCAGCCACGGCACGUACUUAACGGCGAGCAACAAACCGUUAUUGUUAGGUAUGACCGGUGAGAAAGUGACUCAAACGGCGUCGUUUAACAAGCUGAUGGAUUGGCAAACGCAGUGGGAACCGGAGCGAGAUGGGUUUCAGGUGAAGCUAAAAUCUUGGUGCGGUAAGUGGAUGAGGGCUAACGGUGGAACGCCGCCGUGGAGAAACUCUGUUACUCACGAUGAGCCUCAUACGUCAAAGACAAAGAACUGGUUGAUUUGGGAUGUUAUAACUAUUGAUGGUUCUGAUCUUGAAAACAUGUCUGAUGGUGAUGAAAGCUCUGUUUCUUCUCCGGUCGGGUCUGAAUUCGGAUCAGAACCCGGGUCACCUGUUUCUGCCAGGUCUACGAAGAGUAGUAUUAGCCGGUUUGCUUCUCUUGGUUUAUCUACGUCUCCGAGAUGGUCCUCAAAACCGAAGUCGACGGCGAGUAGCUUCAACCAAAAAGAAACACCAGUAUCUGUCUCAGCAAUGGAAUUUUUCCAGAAAGCAAAAGCUAUUCGAAUGCGUAACAGUCACAACAAGUAUCUAACAGCAGACGACGAUGAAGAAACCGUAACUCAAAACCGUAACGGAUCUACCAAAAACGCUCGAUGGACCGUCGAACCGGUUCGUGAUUCUUUCCAUGUUAUUCGUCUUAAAAGCUGUUACGGUAAGUACUUAACCGCUUCUAACGAGCGGUUCUUGCUCGGGGCUACGGGGAAGAAAGUGAUUCAGUUGAAACUGAGUCGGGUUGAUUCGUCUGUUGAGUGGGAACCGCUUAGAGAAGGGUCUAAGAUUAAGCUUAGGACUAGAUCUGGUAACUAUUUACGAGGUAAUGGUGGUCUUCCUCCUUGGAGAAACUCGGUCACACACGACGUUCCUCAUUUGUCUGCUACUCAGGAUUCGAUUUCUUGGGAUGUUGAUGUUGUUGAGAUCUUGACUGAUUCCGAAUUCAAGACGGAGUCUGCGAAAGCGCCGCCACCGAAGACGACGUCUCCACCGCCGCAUCGGAGACCGACGAGUUCGCCGUUGUCGGCUGAGUCUCCAAGGACUUCGUCUUCUCUUUCAGACAGAUCCGAUUCAGAUUCGGUUGAGUCUCCGCCUAAAUCUGAUGGACGAACCAUAUAUUACCAUGUCGCUGACGAGGAAGGACACGUGGAAGAUGAAACAACCGUUGGAUAUGCUUUCACGUUUAAAGGAAAUAGCGUGGCGGAGCUGACUCAGACAUUGCGAGAAGAAACGUGCAUGGAAGACGCUGUGGUGUGUACUCGUAGUCCUUUAAACGGCAAGCUGUUUCCUCUUCGUUUGCAACUUCCUCCUAACAACGGAACAUUGCAUGUCAUUUUACUACCCUCCAGCGCGAGCCUCUAGAAUCGACCCGAGACAAUUAGAAAUGAGUGAUUGUGUGAUUGUUUGGUGAAGCAUAUGAUAUGAACCGUAUAAGAAGAUAGUAAGAGUUGGUAGUUGGUACAAGACUCGUUGUUACAUAGAUUGAAAAAAGGCGUCGGCACAUGAACCUUGCUUAAUCUAUAGACUAUUUGUAAGAGUUUUGAUAAUAGGAAGGACUUAUAAAUUAUUUUUUGGGGGAAUAUAAUACAAGUUUGUUUUUGUAAAUAAGCGAUUUCUUUGUAAACGAACAUUUGGAUUUUGGGGGUUUAUUUGUGUGAGCAUGGAUUCAUAAACAAAAAUCAUUAAUUUCUUAUAAGUUAUUCACUAGUAAAUGGAGAUUAUGACUCGAAUGUAGCCAAAUUUAGUUUGGAUGACGUGAACAACCAAAUCAGAAUAAUCACCUAUCUUAAUAUAGUGAUUUAGUGACCAGUAGACGAUAGUUGUGACAAGAAAU